AUAUUAUUUGCACAUUCAUUCUAUCUUAAUCCGAUUCCUCUCGCUCUGCCGCGGCACAAACUAGAUAAUUUCGCCAUUAAAAUAAUUGACCAAACGAAAAUCCCCAUCUAUACAUACACCAACAAUAUAUAUAGAGUCUCUCAAAAAAAAAAAAAAACAAUAUAUAUAGAGAAAGGGAGGGAUUGUGUGUGUGAGUGUGAAAGGACAAGCUGAAGAUAUAGCAGAAGGGGUUUUGUUUCAUUUUGCAAAUAACUGAAUGAGAGUUGGAAGAAGACCAAGACGAAGACGAAGCCAAACAACAACUCCAAUCGCUGUUGCAAUUUUGUCUUCUUCUCCGCUUUUCCCGUUCCUUUUCCUCUCUUGAAAGAGACCUUCUUAUGUAUAUGUAUGUAUGUAUAAAUACAGUGGGGAUCGUUGGAAUCGCAAUAAAUCCUUCUCAAAACCCCUAAUUAAACUCCCUUUUAUCUUCUAGAAUCCUCUUUCCAACAACAAAACUUUAUGAGGAAUCGAAUUUUCUCAAGCGCCGCUGCUGAUUGAGUUAGUAGUAAUGUAGAAAAUGGCGGUGAAAGCCUUUGUUGCCGUUUGACUUUGAUUUAAAGGACAAACUCAAUGGGUGAGCUCGGUGUGGGGCAUUCGAAAGAUUCCGGUUUGGGGCGGAAGUCUUCUGCGCCGCCUGAUCCGGCUUCUUUGAGGGAGGAGUGUUUGUCGGCGGCGGAGGAGGCCGCCCAGCAAGUGCUGAAUUGCAUUCAUCCUACACUCGACUCGGAAGAGGAGAGAAGAGACAUCAUUGAUUAUAUGCAGAGACUCAUCAAAAGCCAUCUUAAUUGUGAGGUGUUUCCCUAUGGGUCUGUGCCACUCAAGACAUACUUGCCUGAUGGGGAUAUUGAUUUAACUGCUAUUAACGGCACUAAUGCUGAUGAAUCCUUGGCCUGUGAUGUUCUUUCUCUUCUACGAAAGGAAGAGAAAAAUGUGAAUGCUGAGUUCAAAGUUAAGGAUACACAGUACAUUGAUGCUGAGGUUAAACUUGUGAAAUGUCUUGUGAGGAACACAGUUAUAGAUAUAUCCUUCAAUCAGUUGGGCGGGCUUUCUACACUUUGUUUUCUAGAGCAGGUUGAUCGCCUUGUUGGGAGAAAUCAUCUCGUCAAGCGCAGUAUUAUCUUGAUCAAGGCAUGGUGCUAUUAUGAGAGUCGUAUCCUUGGCGCUCACCAUGGUUUAAUUUCUACAUACGCACUGGAAACACUUGUCCUGUACAUAUUCCAUUUGUACCAUGCAUCCUUAUGUGGACCAUUAGCGGUUCUUCACAGAUUUUUGGAGUACUAUAGCAAAUUUGAUUGGGAGAAAUAUUGCAUCAGCUUGAAAGGACCAGUUUGCAAGUCAUCACUGCUUGAUAUAGUGGUGAAGGUCCCAAAAAAUGGAUGGACUGAUCUGAUGAUUAGUGAAGAAUUUUUGGAGAACUGCGUGGAAAUGUUUUCAGUCUCAUCGAGGGAACUUGAAGGAAAACCUAAAGCAUUUCAGCCAAAACAUCUUAAUAUCAUCGACCCACUGAAGGAAAAUAAUAAUCUUGGGCGCAGUGUCCACAUAGGAAAUUUCUAUCGUAUACGGAGUGCUUUCAAGUAUGGUGCUCGCAAGCUUGGUCAAAUUCUUUCGCUCCCAGUUGAUAAGGUUGCUGAUGAGAUAUAUAAAUUCUUCUCAAAUGCUAUUGCAAGGCAUGGGAAUGAAAACAGAAAUUUCAUUCAAGACUUGGCCUUAAAAUUUGGUGAUGAAGAGUCCUCGACUGCCUCACUAUCAUCACCUGUUAAACUGAUGUCUGAGGAAAACAUGCUUCUAAGAUUAUCCUUAAAUGAUAAUGAUGGUGUUGAGUUCGAAUCCAAGAAUGAGACGGCAUCUGAAGGCUGGUACCCCAUGGGAGUCAAUUUAGGACACCAUAGUGCAUUCCAAACUUAUGAUGUUAUUUCGUCUAGCUCAACUCUGAGGGAUGACGGCCCAUAUCGUGCAUCAUGUUGCAACUACAGCACUUCCCUUUCUUGGAACAAUUAUCGCGAACCUUUAUGCUUUCUUUCCAAAUUACCUUCUGUAAAUGGAAGCUUAUUGGAAACUGGAAACUUUCUAAAAUGUAAUCUCGUGGAUUCGGCUUCUCGGGAGUAUGGCUUCAAGUCCUGGUUGGAGGGCAACAAGGAACAUGGAGAAAUGAAUUAUAGAUAUCAAUGGUGCAUGGACAGCUCACGUGCCGAUUGUUCAACCAAUUUAGGUUCUUCUGCCACCAAAGCUAACAAUGUGGACGAUAUGUCCCUUGAUUAUAGGGAUGUGGACUUAACUAGCAUGGGAGAGUCAGAAGCUAUCAAUCCGUUGGCUGAUCUCACUGGAGAUUACGACAGCCACAUUAGGAGUCUUCUAUAUGGUCAGUUAUGCCAUGGGUUUUCUUUGUCUGCAGGAAUGCAUCUUCCUUCAUCAAUACCUUCUUGGGCUAAGAACAAGAAGUCAUGGGAUAUCAUUUGUCAAUCAAUGCCGAUGUGGUGGAGUCAAGUCUCCCAAAUGACGUUACAGCCCUUCCCAACUGAACAAAGUAACUGCAGGGCUGCUGAUUCUGCACCUCCUGCUUAUGGCUUUUGUUCUGAACCUCAAAAGGCACGAGGAAGUGGCUCUGACUUGCCACAUGUGAAUGGUUUUCUUGGGGAGAGACAUCCACUGGGGAUGAGCAGAAAAAAGGUUUCAGGCUGUCUUGAUCAGUUUAACAGUCAAGGACAAAGUAAUGGCGUGAAUAUUGAUUCUGGUGCGAAAAAUAAUGAACAUAGCGGACAUGGACAAAGUAAUGGCGUGCACAUUGCUUCAGGUGUGAAAAGUAAAGAAAAUAGCAGUCGUGAAGACCUGCCUGAAAGGGGUAAAUCUCAACAUCAAAGGAGGCCAAAUGCAAAGUGUCAAUCUCCUCAUCCAGUUGGAAAUGGGGAUCAAAAGAAUGGUGACUUGAGUGGAUCGUGGAGAAUUGAAUUUGGAUCUAUCGGGGAUCUGGCAGAACGGGUCAUUUCAAGCUCUGCUAAUCACGAAACACAGGAAAGGUCUGCAGGGCAGUCGAUCCACCUUAAAAAUGAAGCCGAGUUUCCCCCUUUGUGCUAGUAAACCUGUGCGUUGUUUUGUACGGAAGAGGAUGGGUUUUGAUGCUAACAGACUAUAGGCCUUUUAGGUAUAAGGUGUUGUAGUUUUCACAAUCUCCAGACAAUGUAUAUAACCCCUUUUGGCCUGUUUGUGAUUAUUAGCUACGACAGAUCAUAUAUAGCUCUAGAAUAGACAUUCCUACCUGCUGUAUUCAUUCCAUUUCCUAGCUAUUGAUAACUUCACAGUUUUUCAGAUUACUAAUGUCAAUUACCUUAAGUUCA